AUGGAGAACAUUUCUGUGCUGUCCAACAAGGAAGAAGUUCAGAUGAAUUUGCCUCCUGGCUUUCGGUUUUACCCAACAGAUGAAGAGCUAAUAACUUAUUAUCUGUUCAAGAAGGUCACAAAUACUAACUUCUCUGCUAUUGCCAUUGGAGAAGUGGAUAUACACAAGUCUGAACCUUGGGACUUGCCGUGGAAAGCCAAAAUGGGAGAGGAAGAGUGGUAUUUUUUCUCCAUGAGAGACAACAAAUACCAAAUUGGUUUGAGAACCAACAGAGCCACUAACGCUGGGUACUGGAAGUCCACAGGGAAAGAUGGGGAGAUUUACAGUGGAAAAUCGUUAAUAGGGAAGAAGAAAACUCUGGUUUUCUACAAAGGAAGAGCACCAAACGGGGACAAAACCAACUGGGUCAUGCAUGAAUACAGAUUAGAUGGAAAAUUCUCUGUCCACAACUCCUCCAAAACUGUAAAGAACGAGAGGGUGAUUUGCAGGGUAUUUCGGAAGGCUUCAGGGUGCAAGAAAACCCACAUUUCUGAUAUAAAGAGGUUGGAAUCAAUGGAAAAUGGAUUGGGUUCCUCAGUUCCAAUUUCACCACCUGUCGAAGAUUAUUCUCCUUGUUACAUCGGCUCAACGGGACCUACUGUGAGUACUGAUUCGGCACACGUGCCCUGCUUCUCCUCAGGAGGGAUUUUUAAUUCUGCAGGAAACUCCCUUUUGGGGAUUUGCUCGAAUUCUCGAGAACUUUUGCCAAUAAUCCCUCUUCAUGAAACGCUGUUUUCUGCUGAACCCAUUCAAGCUCAGAUGAAUAUGCCUCUAUCACAUUCUGCCUUUACUGUGCAGGAACAGAGCUUGCUUGGUGUUGAUUGUGCUUUUGAGGACCAUGGUUUUAUAUCAGAUACGGAUCAAAUGGUGAGUGUUUCGCAUGAAACAGGGCUAACCACCAACGACAUGAAUCCGGAGAUCUCUUCUGUGAUACCAAGUUUUGAUGAUCAGCCAAACCCAUCUGCUUCUCCUGCAGCACCAUCACCAUUGGAGCUUGAUAACUUCUGGAGUUACUAG